AUGGUGGCCAAUCUGAUGAUACCAAAUUACCCUGACAUAACUGUUAUUGCCGACCUUAUUUUCAGGGGUGAAGUUACUGAAAAAGGUAGUGUAUGGAACCUACCAGAAGCAGCCGCCUACAUCACAUUCCAUGAGGGAGCCGUGCCAAAACCUUUGUUAUUUACAUGUUCAGUAUUGCCUCCUAAACUUCGCAGUCCACCCAUCUCUAGUGAUGAGCUUUUGGUAAGCAAUGUGGUGGAAAUGUCACAUGAUGGUCCACCAGACCUAGAGUUUAGAGGAGAUGAUGAUGGUAACGUAACUGUAGCUUUGUUGCACAGUGCAAGUGAUUUAAAGGGCUAUGAAGUGGUUAUCAAGCAAUUGGUGGAUCUACAUAACAAUGAAUGGAAGGAUUUGAAGACUUGGCAUGCAUCAGGUGCAGGUUACAUGUCAUUCAUGGUGAUUGUUAAAAAACCAGAAGUUUCUGAGUGGCCUCAGCUUGUUGAGGCUACAUGCACCCUGACACAGUGUUCCUCGUUUGCUGCCAUCUGGCGCCUAAAGUCCUUCACGUUCACAAGAUGUACUUCAGCGGCUCCUCAAUUUACAUGUGUGGUACCAGACUUUCCAGACAUACUUGUUGAAGUUCCUCUGAGUUCUGUACCUGUUGAUCAGGACUUUACUUUGACAAUUAAGGUACAAGAAUUUCCAAGCAAUGAGGUUGAAGACAUUGGGAUACUGUGUGGUUCUUUCAUUCACAUUUCAAGCUCUCGGAACAUUGUACAUGUGGAGCCUGUGACUAUCAAGGUUCCCCUUGCCCUUCGUGAAAGUAAGCAUGACUUCUCAGAGCUUUCAAAUGAGGUCAUACGGAUAUCAUAUCUCGACUCAGAGGGCAAACCAUGGAACGCUAGCUGGACAGAUAUCACAGGUCAACUAGAAGGGCCAAUUACUGUUAAAGAUGGAAUUGUAGAAUUUAAAGUAAAACUUUUCUGUCGAUUCUGUGUCUGCGUGUUCAAUAAGCACGUUCCUCUUUUGGAAGAUUAUUUUCGUCGUCUUUUUUCCAGAACCAUGCCUCAAAGUGUACAUUUUCUCACUUGUUUAUGUAAGACAACAAUUCCUGAUACUUAUGGCCUUUUACUGUACUGUUAUCCAAACUUUAAACAACCUGAGGUGGAAAAGAAAUUGUCAAGCUACGACAUACCUUAUAAAGGCAAAGGAAGGUCAAAAGAGCCUGUAUGUGUUGGGGAUGAAAUUGUGGUUACCCCAAUAGCGUUUGAUUUUGUGAAGGAGUCUCAAAGGAAUGAAAAGGUAGUUCUUAGGUUUCUUGGAAAUGAUAUAUCUGACAACAGGGACAGGGCUUUGAUUGUUCGCUUGGACGGUGAAAGUGUUGCAACAGUGAAGUUCUUCAAAGACAAAGAGCUUCAAAAACUUCUCUGUGAAGUGCCGAUCUUGAAGACUCCAACAGCAUCUGCGGUUCCUGUAACAGUGGGUGUAGAUCAAAGAGUGGUACUUGAGGAAAAACCUGCAUGUGUGGGUCUGGACCCUAGUGAUUCAGAGAGCUCAAGUUUAGAGACAGAUGACUUAGUUUCCAUAUCUGAUUGGAGCUCAGACACAGCCAGGGAUACAGAGGAGGAAAGCUUUGGUUUUAUAAAGGAGAAACCUAUUCCAGCCAAACAAAAAGUUUCCAAGAACACCACCACCAAAAAGCAGACUGCUAAAGCUUCCAAUACAGCAAAUGAAAAGGACAAAAUUGGAAAAGUAACAAUUUUUGAUACAAUCCUUUAUGGCUUGUCCCAGGCUCAGGUGGUUAGCGGAGACAAAAAGAGAGCACUGAAGGCUGUUGUUUGCAUGCUUACUUUCUCCAUGCAUUGA